ACAAAAAACAGAAUAAUGUUUUUACAUAUUAAAUGGGUUAGAAAAUAAAUUAAUUUAAAUCAAAUAAAAAUUAACAGUUAAUAUUUUAUAAUAAAAAUAAUGCAAAUAAAAAAUUUAUCCCUGUAAUGGGAGAAGAAAAAGUAAAAAAUGACGAUAGUAAAAUCGAAAUACGUAAAAGUUUAAGAUUAUUAAAUGGAAAAUCAACAUCAAAACGUUUAUGCUGUCAAAAAAUAAAUAAUAAAUUACAUAAUAAUAUUUAUAAAUUAUUUAAUCCAAGUCUUGAAUCACUUCCGAUUGAGAUAUUACUUGAAAUACUUUCAUAUUUGAGUUGUCAAGAUUUUUAUUCUCUACGUCAAGUAUCUGAAUAUUUUUAUCGUCUCGAGCCACUAGUUUGGAAAGUUUAUCAAGUUGAAGGAAGUGAACGCGAAACAAGUGAAGUGGUUAAUCAACUAAAAAGAUUGCCAUUACUUAAGCAAAUAAAUAUUGAUGCAAGAUCAGAUUGUGACGAUAUACUUUAUCAAUUAUCACGUACAAAUAAAAAUCUUGAAAUAUUAAAUAUCAAAAAUUGUACUGGCUCAACAUCACAGCUCUAUUUGAGAUCAUGUAAUUUAACAAGAAUAUUACAACAAUGUUGUCAUUUACAUACAAUAAACAUUAUUGGCAGUCGUUUUCGUGGUAAAAAAUUUUUUAAUUUACUCGGUAAAAUGGGUGUUAAAUUACGUGCAAUUAUUAGCCAAGCAACGUGUACACAAUUUCGUGCAUUUAUUGAUGCUAAAAAAUUAAAUGACAAUGACAGAGCAAGUAUGACUGCAAUGUGUAAAAAUGAUAAUAAAAAAACAUGGUCAAUAUUUAAAUAUUUUAUGGAUGAAAAUAUGCAAUCAUAUAAAUUACAGCUACAAGAAAGUAAUUACUUUUUUAAUUAUUUUCAAAAUAAUACAAGAAAGGUAAAGCAACAAAAUAAAUGUCGAGCUUUAGUUAGCUAUUUUUUAAAUGAUUUUAUUUAUAUCAAUGUUGAAGCUAAUGAAAAUAAUAAUAAAUGUGAUUUUAUUGUCCCUGAAUUACCACCACCAUCAUCAACAUCAACAAGUCCAUGACCUUUAAUUUUUACAUGGCUGAUUAACAAAUCGAUUAGACACUUUUUCAACAAUUUUAUAUGUAAAAGAAAAAAAAAAUAUAAAAAGUACAGUACACAUAACUGUUAACGAAAAAUUGAUUUGGCAUAGUUAGGUACCAGUAUCUCCAUGGUCAUCAGUAUGUUGUUUUCCAACUAAUGAAUUUUAGCAUGAAAAAAAUACUUUUUUUAUACUGCAAAUUAUAUAUACUUUAAACACGCAAAUAUAUUUGUAAAAAAAAACGACAACAACCACAUGCAACACACACAACUUGAUGCAUUUUAUUAAAUAUUUUUUUUUCAAAUUAUAAUCCCACACCUAGUGUCAAAUAAAUGUCAGUAUGAAAACUCCUACAUGUGUCAAAUAAAUUAUUGCAAUAAGACAUUAAAUUUGAUAAUGUAAUUGCACGCAAACAAUGCUAAUUUAUUUAUAAUUUUUAAAUGAAUGAUUUCCUUAAACAUGCUCAUUGUCGCUUCAUUGAUUUCAAGUGGUACCAUCAACAACUUCAACACACAAACACACAGACAAUGUGUUGAAAUGUUGUGACAUGUACAACUAGGAGUGCAAUUGUAAUUGGAGCAUGUUUUAUAUGUAUAUGCAUUUAUUCAAAGUUAUCUAGAGACAUGCGACAUGAUGAAUUGAUAAAUUACCUCGAAUGCUAUUUUUUUUUUUUUUGAGUUCAAGUAAUUGUGUGUUUAUCCUUGCGCGACAUCAUGUGCAUUCAAGGCAAUGUUUAUUUAUAUGUACUAUUUAAAUUAUAAAUUAUUUUGGUAUUUAUUUUUGUGUAUUGGGUUAGUGUCAUGUUGACUAAGUAGUAAGUACAUGAUAUACCUUGUAAUAAAUUCAAUUGAGUUUCAGCGGAAGGAAGCCUUGAUGGCUCAUGAAGCAUGGCUAUGUAAUGCAUAGGCGGAUUAUUUGCCAAUUUUUAUCAAUCUUUUAUGUUCAAGUAUAUAUAGAUAUUGUUAGUUUGGUCAUGGUGAAAUAGUGAUUGACGAUAAAGAAAAGUGUUUUAGAUUAUCUAUGCAAAUUUACUUAAAGUUUUGUGGGAGGAGUCGACAUCAAGAACAAGCAUUAUAUAUCAAAGUACAUUUGAAUUUUAGACUUUAUUAACUAAAUUGCUUUUAUCAACAGGUUUUCUAUUAUUUUAUUUAUCAUAUCAGAUAAAUUUUUAAAAAGUUUAAAACAAUUUAAAUAAUAACAAAUUGGUUUAUUUAUUUUUUGAAAUAUAAAUAUAUAGAAAAAAAAAUUCAAGUAAAUUAAAUUAUAUUUUAUUUUUGUUUUUUCAAUUGAAAUAAAUUUUAGCAAGUAGAUUUUUUUUUAUUUAUUUAUAAGUUUAUGGCAGUGUUGUAAAUUUUAAUUUCGCGAAAAUUUAAAAUAGCUAAGAAUUUUUAAGUCAAAUGAAACGAAAAAA